AUGAUGAUGAAUUAGGAAAGUUUAUAAGUAUAAAGAAGCUGCUAGACUCACCCUGAUUAGGUUAUUAUGGGUAUUUGUUUGAAAACAGAUUGCACUUCUCCUAAUAGAUUAGUUUGCUUUAAUUGCCUGAUUUCUGAUUCUAUACAUACAAGUCAUUCUUAAAAUGUUGUUGCACUUAAUCAAAUUACUAAUGAAGGCAAAUGUUUUGGAAACUGGCCUCAAGAUGAAGAAGGUUAGGCUGUUAAGUAUUUACUGCAAAGCUUAUCAAAAAUCAAAUCUCAUGAAGAUAUAGAUAAAAUUUUUAGUGAUUUUAAAAAAAAGUUAAAUACUUAGAUUGAUAUUGUCUAAAGCGAUGUUAAGAGAGUAUAUGAUGAAUAAUAUUUACAUACCUCUAAGUUUGUAAAUAAUUUAGAAAAAGAGUACAACAACAUAUACACAUUAGGAAGAAUAAUAGAUUUACUGAAGGAAUUAGAAAAGGGAAAUUUAAACGAUUAAGAGUUUUAUUUAAAUGUAAAUAGUUUUCUUGUGAGCGAUGAAAGAAAAUCUUAAAUGAGCACUCUUAGAGAGAUAGUUAAGCAAGAAGGAUCGAAGGAUUUCCUAUCAUUUGAUUAAAAACUAUUCGAUGGCUGUUCAGAAAAAUGUAUUUAAUCUAUUAAAUAGUUUGGUGAUUCCUUUAAAUCUGCUUCUAGUUUUAAUUCAAUAGAUCUUGAAAUCGCCUAAGUGAAAUAACCAUAAACUGUAACUUUAGCUAAAGAUUAAAGUGGUAUUAAGUUUACAUAAACCUCUCAUUCAGUAGUUUAUUGUAAUAAGCCUCUUAGCUAUGGCAUGUAUAAAAUAAAAGUGAGAAUGGAUUCAUACACUUCUGGCUGCUAUGUAAUAGGUUUAGAAAGAGAGGCUAAUAAAAUUACUUCUAACUAUUGGGGUUAAGGAUACCCAGCUUGCUGCAUUAUUUGUAAAGCACAGGAUGCUAUAUCUAUGGUAACCAAUACAGUUAAUGAGUACAUAGGUCAUCACUUAGUAGCAGGUAAAAUUAUGAAUAUAGAGAUCUGUCUUAAAAAAAAUAUAUUCACAAUCGGAGUUGAGGGUACAAAUGUAGCUUAUCAGUUGAGUAACUUUACUUUUGCAGAAAAUGAAUAGUGGAGAUUGUUUUUUAACAACUAUAGUGGAGCACCUUGUUCGUUCACUCUUUUGUCUUCUAUUUAUAGUGAGUUUAUCUGA